ACUAUGGAGCUUGCUCGCAAUCCUGCAAUGAUGCAAGAAAUGAUGAGGAACCAAGACCGAGCUCUCAGCAAUUUGGAAAGCAUCCCAGGGGGUUACAAUGCUCUGCGGCGGAUGUAUACUGACAUACAGGAGCCCAUGUUCAGUGCAGCCCGAGAACAGUUCGGCAGCAAUCCCUUUUCUUCAGUGCCUGGCUCAGAUAGCUCCGCUUCACAGCCUCUUCGUACAGAAAAUCGGGAACCUCUGCCAAACCCCUGGAGCCCUUCCUCAUCCCCUCAGAAUCAGGCAACCAGCAGCGAAAGCAGCAGUGGAAACACUACAAGUCAAAGCACACCAACCGUGUCAAACCCACUUGGCAUCAAUGCUUCCACUCUGGGGACAGGUAUAUAUAACAGCCAUGAAAUGCAGGGUCUCUUACAGCAGAUCUCUGAGAAUCCCCAGCUAAUGCAAAGCAUGAUGUCUGCCCCAUACAUGCGAAACAUGAUGCAGGCUCUCUCACAGAACCCAGAUUUUGCUGCUCAGAUGAUGGUUAACACUCCAAUCUUUUCUGGCAACCCUCAGCUACAAGAACAACUGAGAAAUCAGCUGCCGGUCUUUCUACAGCAGAUGCAGAACCCAGACUCUCUCUCCUUAAUGACCAACCCCAGAGCUAUGCAGGCGCUGCUUCAGAUUCAGCAGGGACUGCAGACGCUUCAGACAGAGGCUCCUGGUUUGAUUUCUAG